GAUGCAUCGUGUUCCGUAUCUGGAGCCGAGAUGUUUUUAUGUGCUUUUGGAUCGAAUCGUAUCUAAAUCCAACAAGGGCCUCGUUUUACGUCAUCCAUCCGACAGCAUCUCCUCCGUUCCUCGGUGAAGAUGCGGUGGUUGUUAGUUGGUAGAUCAAGGAGGAAGCCGGUGUCACUCCACUGCCUUCUCAUCGCGUCUGCAGCUUUCACCGGUAUCGGCAUCUUAUUCCUCACUCUCCGCUCUCUCGACGAUCCGACUCCGUCAUCAUUCACCACACACCACUUCACUACCACCGUCACUCAACCGGAAGAUGAAAAGCAAAUAACAAAAACCAAAGGAUGCGCUACGGUGGAAGAGAUGGGCGAUGAUUUCCGAGGUGGAUUUCUUGAGCAGAGUCUCCGCGUUAGAAAUAUCAUUCAACGUCACUUCGAUCUUAACGGUGCUGCUAGAAUCCGAGGUCUUCCUCCAGCGGAAUUCUGCAGACAAAGAUUUGUGAUUGCAAAAGCAUCAGAAGCAGGUUUUGGAAACGAAAUGUACAAGAUUCUAACAGCAGCAGUAUUGAGUGUAAUCUUGAACCGAUCACUGAUAAUUGGACAAACCAGAGGAAAAUACCCUUUUGGGGAGUACAUAUCGUAUACCAAUACUGCUUUUACCCUGAAUGAAGUCAAACAUCUAUGGAGACAAAACGGAUGUUUGACCACUUACGGGAAGCAUUUGGUUAUGAGAAUUGAUGAUUUUCAAAGGCCAUUAAAGACAAAUGUUCUUUGUAGCAAUUGGAGGGAGUGGGAAGAGCCUAUAAUAUGGUUCCAGAAUACUACAGAUGCAGUGGCAGCUCAAUUUUUUUUAAAGAAUGUUCAUGUUGAGAUGAGAAAGGCUGCUUCUGAGCUCUUUGGGCAACCUGAAAAACACUCAUAG